AUGGAUAGUUACCGUUUAGAAGUAAAGAGUGGAAUAAGACAAUUAAAAUUGAAACUUCUAAACUACGAAGCUAUACUCCAAAAGUUAGCAGAAAUGAGAAGACUUUACCAGAGCUACUUACAUGUAAGGGACUUACCUUCAAGCAGUCCGACCAAAGAUGAAUUUUCUGACAUUGUCCCAAUUUUGUCCGAAAGUCAGCUCAGAUGUUUUGAACUGCUCCCAACAUAUCCAGAAUAUGAACGUUUGCCUGAACUCUUCCGCAAUCUCAAAAAACGUUUUUUGGUUCUCAUGUUCGAAACUUUUAUCGGAAGAGACAACAAACGUUCAGAAGAAGAACAAGAUAUUAUUUUAAACUUGUUGUAUGACAUAACUGUCAUAACAAGCUUUUUGAAGUAA